UCCCUUAUCCGCUUCUUCCUCCUCUCCCCCCCAGCGCCACGCGCGACAAGAGAGCCCCUGGCGGGAGCCCCCGGGAUGGCCGGCGGCGCCAGGACAGGCGCGGACGAGGCGUCGGCGUCUUCGUCGACCAGCGGCGGCUCCAGCUGCAGCAGUCUCCCGCGCGGCCUGCCGGAGCGGCCCGCCGACUUCGAGUACGGGUGCGACCUGGGCCGCCUUCCCGCGUCCGUGGCGCGCCAAUGGGUGGCGCUGGGUUACGACGAGGAGACCGCGGUCUUUGUCCGCUCCUGCCUGGACGACAGCUCGUCGCUGGCGAUGGCAGGCGACUUCCUGCGGUGCUGCAUGUCCAUCACGGAUGCCAACGGGUACCUCGGCCGCUGCCACAUGCACGUCUUCUCCGCCCGGCAGGCCGAGCUGCUGCUGCGGCGGUCGUUCGGCGGCCACUGCGCGGGCGCCCCCCGCUUCGCGAGGCUGCUGGACGUGGGCGCCGGGGACGGCCACGUCACGGGC